AUGUCACCUUUCGAGAACAUGGAACUCUCUGAAGUGGAUUCCAUGUACUCCUCUUCUGCAUCAUCUCCAUCCUCCUUCACGUCUUCUGAAGAGUGUUGUGCAGUUUGUGGAAAUGAAGUGGUGAAUAGUAGUCGUUACGGAGCACCAGGAUGUCUUGGAUGCGUUGUUUUCUUCAGAAGAGCCAUCGUAAGAAAUUCGACUUUCAAAUGUCUUCGAGAUGGAAACUGUAACAUCACUAAUGAAUACCGAUGUGCCUGUCGUUUCUGCAGACUUCAAAAAUGUUUUACAGUCGGAAUGCGACCUGAAGCCAUCCAACGAAGGGAUCUAGUGGGUCCACGAAGCCCUGUUGAUCCAAAGUCCAGUUUGAAGAACUUGAUAGAUCCUGUCGCAGCUUCGGAGAAUGAUACUGAUGAUUCCUCCAACCUGCUCCAAAACCUAGUCCUCCUUCAAAACCAACAAACCUCCAAAGCGUUGCAAUACUUCACUGAGAACAACUUAUUAAGCUCCACUGAAAAUUCACGACGAGCAGAUUCCAACGAUGUGAACCUCAUGCUAAAACUAUGCAUGAACCAGGCUUCGGAAUGGGGUCGCCAGCUAAAACCAUUCAAAAGAAUAUCCAUUGAAUCCAAGCAGAGUAUUCUUGCGGAAUACGGUUUCGCCUUCUUGCUAGUCGACCAGGGCUUCAAGACUGCUAGAGAGGCGAAGGAUGGAUUCUGGAUUCUUCAGAAUAACACUUUUAUGAAUGCCGACUAUUUUUUGGGGAUGCCUAAGGGAUAUGAAUUUGAGAAAACCACAAAUAAGAAAGCAGAGUUGCAUGAAAAAUUUGUAACGGAUCUGCUAAACAGUGUUGCCAAACCAUUCAGAGACUUGGAAAUUGAUGAAAUCGAAUGUGCUGCAUUGAAAACUGUGCUCCUCCUGACACCUUCAUUCUCCAAACGAGCUGUGUAUGCUGGUCAGGAAGGCUACGUGGCAUCGGUUCACACUCAAUGUAUGGAAGAACUUAUGGAGCAUUCAUUGAACAUGUUUCCGGACCGUGGAGAAGAAAGAUUCGGCGAAAUUCUCUUGUUGAUCAGCUCGAUUCGUUGUGGAAUCAAAGCAAUUUACAAUCAGACGCGCGUUUCUGAUGUGUUCAAUUUCUUCGAGUUUGAUUCAGUGGUUAGGGAUAUUUUGUUGUGUUAA